UGCUGUGGAAAAGAGGAAUAUGGCGUCGAAGGGAGAAGCUGAAGGGUUAGCGCUGAUACAAAAGGGAUUGCAAUCUUUGAAAGAUGUCAACACACCACACGUAUUUGUUGUCAUGGGGGCUUCGGGUGACUUAGCAAAAAAGAAGAUCUAUCCAACACUAUGGUGGCUUUACAGAGAUGGUUUGCUUCCUCCAGAAACCCAUUUUGUGGGAUAUGCCAGGAGCAAGCUCUCUGUCCAAGAUAUUUUUAAAAAAGCUGAACCCUUCAUGAAGGUUAAGAAAGGUGAGGAGGCAAAAUAUGAGGAGUUUCAAAAAAAGAACAAAUACGUGCAAGGGAGCUAUGACGGUACACAAGAUUUCUCCAAACUCAACAAAGCCAUUGAAGAGAUUGGUAGUUGUAACAGACUGUUCUACCUUGCUCUUCCGCCAAGUGUCUUUCAGUCAGUCACUCUCAAUCUCAAGGCUGUGUGCUUGGCAAAAGGGGAAAGAUGGAAUCGUGUCAUCAUUGAGAAACCAUUUGGUCAUGAUUUGGAGUCAUCUAAUAAAUUAUCUGAACAUCUGGCUGCUCUCUUUAAAGAAGAGGAACUGUACAGAAUUGACCAUUACCUUGGAAAAGAAAUGGUUCAAAACUUGAUGGUUCUCAGGUUUGGGAAUCAAAUAUUUGGUCCAAUUUGGAAUAGAGACAGCAUUGCUUCUGUGGUUAUAACAUUCAAAGAACCAUUUGGCACUCAAGGAAGAGGAGGUUACUUUGAUGAGUUUGGAAUAAUAAGGGAUGUGAUGCAGAACCACUUGCUCCAGAUCUUGUGUCUGGUUGCCAUGGAGAAACCUCCUUCAACAGAGGCAGAGGAUAUCCGGAGUGAGAAGGUGAAAGUACUGAAGUGCAUAAAGCCUAUAACAAUGGAGAAUGUGGUGCUAGGUCAGUAUACCGGUGACCCAGAGGGUGAAGGGGAUGCCAAGCAGGGAUAUUUGGAUGACCCAACUGUCCCAAAAGGAUCAGUGACACCAACCUAUGCUUGUGCUGGUUUGUUUGUGAAGAAUGAAAGGUGGGAUGGGGUCCCAUUUAUCCUCAAAUGUGGGAAAGCCACUAAUGAGAGAAAAGCAGAGGUGCGCAUUCAGUUCCGUGAAGUUCCAGGUGAUAUCUUCACCAAAGGUGAACUGAAACGAAAUGAGCUGGUGAUUCGUGUACAAGGUGGCCAGGGAGAAGCUGUCUAUAUGAAAAUGAUGGUGAAGAAACCAGGAAUGUCAAUUGAGUCCACCGAGUCUGAUCUUGAUCUGACAUACAACAGGCGUUACAAGGAUAUGAAGUUCCCUGAUGCCUAUGAGAGAUUGAUACUCGAUGUCUUCUGUGGGUCUCAAAUUAACUUUGUUCGAUCUGAUGAGCUCAAAGAAGCAUGGAGAAUUUUCACCCCUCUUCUUCACACAAUUGACAAGAAUAAGCCUAAACCUGUAUUGUACAAAUAUGGAAGUCGUGGACCAAAGGAAGCUGAUGACUUGAUCGCGAGAAUGGGGUUCAGUUAUACCGGAACCUACAAGUGGGAAGGGUUUGCCUAGGACCGCCCUCUUAGUUGCCCUGUCGAGGCCCAAAAGAAGCAGAUGAGCUUUUAAGGCAUUUGGACUUUCAUUACACGGGAACUUAUGAAUGGAAUGCGCCUUACUCUCAACUUUAACUUAGAAACAAUAACGGCAUAUUUUGGAGCACUUCUGAUGCGACACAUCAUCAUUACGCCGUUUGCUCACAUGAGCGAGAUCACAUUUAAACAAAUAGCCUUAGUUGAAAUCUAAUAUAAAAAAGUUACUUUAGUUUAUAAAGCAUUGAAAGUAUUCUGCAUUUUAACAGCAAGUGCCAUUAGGUUUUGUCUACCCACACUUCAUGUUUAGACCAUUUCACAAUACAUGGGACGAGGUCACCAACUACUUUUGUAUCUAUUUAUAUGAUAUUCUGUGAUGACAAUCCCUGUAUUGGAAGUUUUGGAACAUAUUUGUACAGAAACUUAAGCCUCACUUUGGUGCAUAAUAUGAAAUAGGUGGCAGGCCUGUUUUAUGUUUUUGUAAUUUUCAUCAAAAUUUGUUAUUCAAACUGCAUGGGUGUAUAACUGAGAAGCAUACAAGUUAAAUUGUAACACACUGAUGCUCUUGUUACACAUAUUUCUUUAGUUAAUGGAUUUCUUUCAUGUUAAAUCAUCUAAACCCUUGGUAUACAAUUUUUUUUUCAUUGACUUGUGUUAAGUGUGUAUGAACAUGUUUAAAUGUAUAAUGUAUUGUUAUAAUAAUAAUAAUGUUAUACGGAUAAAGUUAAUCAUCGUCAGUUUUGCUCCAGCAAGUGUCCAUAUUUACGUGUAUUAAUGACUUAAGAGACCAAUAACCACAGGUUAAUUGUGUGUAGUUUCAAGUGAAAUAGUGCUGUUUUGCUUAAGAUUUCCCAGUGUGUAACUCAUUGUGAAACUGUCUUCUAAUUAGUGUUAUGCUCUUUCUUGCAAGUUACAGUAUUUUCAAUUAUUGACGUAUACUUUUUACAUUAAUGAUUCUAUCUGUGUUAACUUUAUUUUUGGAAAUAACUUUUUAUACAAGUUUUGGUAAGUGCUUUGAAAUUAUAUGCUAUAUCGACAACUCAGAUUGAAGGUAAGUAAGCUCUUACGUCCUAAGGCAUAUUGUUUAACUAAUCAACAAAUGUUUUUCUCAUAAUUAUUAUAAGCCAUAGUUUAUAUGUUGCUGAUGUUAAAGAAUGUGGAAAAAGUGUUAAGGAUAACCGGUGCAUAAAUGAUUCUAUUGUAGGUUCUGUGAUUUAUAUACACUAAUUACCAUGAAACACACUAUUUUCUUGACAUAAGCAUAAUGAAUUGUCUCAGAAGUUGUUCAGUUCUGAUGUAAUGUAGUAACAGCUGUAUGAACAUGUUAAUAAUUAUUUUAAACUAUUGAUGAAAAAAAUUGAUUUAAGUAGGUGAGAAUAGAAUGUUGGUGAUGUCGUAUAGAGUUGUCUUAAUAUAAAGUAAUAUGUCGUCAACAGGAAAUACAUGUAUGAACAGAGGGAGGCAUCUUUUGCUAUUCCCGGUGGCACCCUGUAUACAGUCUUUCAGCAUAAUAUUUACUAGGACAGCACUAGCUGUAUUAAUAUUUGUAAUUUUCUAGAUUUGCGUUAAAUCUUAACUGGGUAAUUAAUGCAUGGAGAUUGAACCAGAAAUGUCUUAAUAGUUUUUGCUUUCACUUCAGGGUAUGGCACAAAAUGGUGAUGUGGUAUAUUGACACUUUUACUGAUGUCUUUGUAAAAUGCACGCAAAAAAACAGAAUAGACAUACAUGUACCAGUACCUAAAUGAUAGCUAAAAUUCCAGCUUAGUCUAUUUUGGUAUAAUUCAUCCUGUAAUUUAUGUAACAUUAUCUCUCAGGGGUUAUUUGGUACCUUAGUAUUUCUUGAUAUCUACCACAUUUCAAAUAAUGCUUUGUUACAGUAUAUACAGUGUGUAACCAAGAGCAUACUUAGUAUCAGCUUUAGGUUUGCUGCAAUAAAGAUGAAUGAGGAAGUGUGGUAUUAAGUACUCUGCAUUGUACAUGUACUUCUUCAUAGAAACUGACAUAAUAAUGCCAUUCACAGUUACAUUUCAUUGCUAAUUUUGUACUUCUAGGGUGUAUAGUUUGUUAUGUAGUGAAUAUGUAAUCAAUA